AUGACUAAAGAAUGCCUACAAUGGGAAGAAGCAUUAUCUCAAUGGCGAGCAGUUUUCGCCAAUCCAGGUCCAAAUCCAUGGUUGAAUUCAACGCACAAUAUGCAUCCAUCUAUCAUAUCGACUGGUUCAUCAGUUGUCAACUCAUCUAUGGAUGAUAGUUCCAAUGGUUUCAAUUCAGAUAAUCAUACAAAUCUAUUAUCUCUGCCUGAUAUCCAAGAUCUUUGGCAUGAUGAUCGAGCUAGGCCUGUCAACCUUUGUGAAGUAUCAUUUCGUUUGGCUAUCUGUGAAUUCGAGUUGUGCUUUGCAACAUGCCUUGCUGACUCCGAAGCUCAAUUGGUUAGUGUACUAACCGAUGCACAAUAUCGCUUAAAUUGGUAUUCAUUGAAAUUAUUAUCGGAUCCGACAACAAUAUAUCCAAAUACACCAGCUAGAUUUUUAAACAAUCAUUCUAAUACUUCUGAUAACAAUAUCAAUGACAAUAGCAAUAACAACAACAAUAAUAAUCAUCAUCAUAAUGAUGAUAAUAAUAACAUUCAAAAUGGUACAGAUGAUAAUUUCAGUCAAUUUUUAAACAAUCAUGAUAAUUCAACGGGUGUCUGUGAUCUCAGUGAUUCAUGUUCUAUAUAUCCUAAAUUAAUUGAAAAUAUGCCCAAUUCUCCAUUCAUUUUAUCAACAUCGAAUACAUCAGAUCUAUCGUCUAGUGUAGAACAUCGCCCAGAACGUAAUCGUCUAUGGCAGAGUGUUCGACAAUCAAUGUCAAAAUUUCGUUCACAUUUUAUGCGUAAUAAUAAUAUCAGAUCAUCGACAAGUGCUCUACUGAACACACGUACACAUCAAUAUCGUUUUCGUGAAACGUUAGUAACUAUACCCUUGACAAAUCAUAUUACAGAGGAUAAUACUGACAAUAGCAACAUUAAUCAUACCACUAAUAAUAACAAUAGUGAUGAUAAUAAUGAUAAUAAUAAUGGACUUCAUCAUACACUCAAUACAUUCCUCCAAACACCGACGUCUGAAUGCGAGAGAUCCUCAACCUCCUAUACUAUGAAUAUGAUGGAGAACCAAAAGGGUCUAGGCAUAGAUACUCCUUUGUAUAAUCACAAUAGACGGUUUAAUCAUCAAAAAUAUCAACCUAACAGAGAAUCUCGUGAUUCAGCAUCGAUUUUAAGUAGCUUCCCUGUAGCAAUAGAGUUUGACGUCGACAUUAAUAAAGAACCCUGGUUUCAUGGUGUCUUACCUCGAGCUGAAGUAGAACGCCUUUUACAGAAUCAAGGAGAUUUCCUUGUUCGUCAGACAAGUAAACGUGCCAGUGGACGAGAUACAUUAACCGCUGCCAAUUGGAAUGGAAUCAAAGAUGAUAUGAUGAAUGGUAAUCAUAAUGAAGUAACUUUCAAUAAAGAUAUCAAUACUGAUGGAACUGUUUUACGUAUGGUUUUGUCUGUAUACUGGCAUGGUCACAGACAUUUCAUACUUUACGGUGGAGCAGAUUCCGGUGAAGGUUGGCAUUUAGAAGAUGGACAUUUCUCCACAAUAAGAGAACUAGUUGAAUAUCACAUGAAAACUCAAACUCCAGUGACUGCGAAAUCAGGAGCUUGUCUUAUUACACCGAUUUCAAGACCUGAUUGGGAAUUAGACAAUCGAGAUAUACAAUUGUUACAAAAAAUUGGCCAGGGUAAUUUUGGUGAUGUUUAUCGUGGUGUUUACAAUGGUUGUGAAGUUGCAGUGAAAACUUGUCGUGUCGAUAUGACUGCAUCUGAUUUACGUAGAAAAUUUCUUCAAGGUGAAACAACUGCGUUAAACUUUAACCAUCCAAAUAUCGUGAAAUUAGUUGGUAUAGCUGUACAGUCUUAUCCAAUCAUGAUUGUGAUGGAAUAUGUUCCAGGAGGUUCUCUUUUGAGUCAUCUACGUAAAUCGAAAAAUGCCCUAUCUGUUAUGAAGUUACUUCAGAUGAGUUUAGAUGCUGCCAGUGGAAUGAGUUACUUAGAAAUGAAAAAUUGUAUCCAUCGUGAUUUGGCAGCACGAAAUUGUUUAAUUUCUGAUGAUGGUCAAUUGAAAAUAGCAGAUUUCGGGAUGUCCAGAGAAGAACAUAUUUAUGAAUUGAGUGAUAAACGUGGUCAAAUCCCUAUCAAAUGGACUGCUCCUGAAGCUCUUCGCACAGGUCGAUACACUAUAAAAUGUGAUGUCUGGUCAUAUGGUGUUCUUUUAUGGGAGAUAUUCACAUUUGGUGAUAUCCCUUAUCGAAAUUGGUCGAAUCAACAAACAAGAGAUAUGAUUGAAUCCGGCUAUAGAUUACCUGCACCAGAUUUAAUGCCUGUCUGGUUGCGUACAAUAAUGAAUCAUUGUUGGAAUGAUGAACCAGAGAAUCGUCCUAGUUUUAUGCAUAUUUCUAAUGAAAUAAAAAUACCUAAUAUUAAUUCUUUUACACCGAAUAUGCAUAGAUCUAUAGAUAAUCAACAGAAUAAAAUAGUUGACAAUACUACUGAUAAUCACGUGAAUACAUCAACUGCUUGUCGACUAACUGUAUCCAUUAAAGAUAAACGUAUUAGAGAGAAUUAG